AAAAUCAAACGUCAAUUCAUUUCACUUAUUGAGCGUGCAGUACUUACAUCGAGUGAAAAACGUUCUGCACUGGAGCGGAUUUUUUACACACUGUGCCAAGGAAAUUCAUUCAAAAAACAAACAUUUUUAAUUUACACUACGAUAAAGCCGAUUAAGUUUGUAUGAGUGCAUAGAGAAAAGCGCUAGUCCCAAUAUGCUGUAUCGGUUUGUUGUUAUCAUUGGACUUACAAUACAUAUUCGAUAUGUGUCAGCAGAAUUGCCACGACAUCGUACUAAUUCUAAUACAUUAAAGCCAGCCGGCAAUGUGUUGUUGUUGUUGGCCGACGAUGGAGGUUUCGAAAUGGGAGCCUAUCGCAAUCGCAUCUGCCAAACCCCAAAUUUGGACGCUCUUGCAAAGAACAGUCUGAUAUUUAACAACGCUUUCACGUCCGUGAGCAGUUGCUCUCCGAGUCGAGCAUCACUGUUGACUGGCCAGCCGAGCCAUCAAAAUGGAAUGUACGGUUUACACCAAGGCGAACAUCAUUUCAAUGCAUUCGACAGAGUGCAGAGCAUUCCGAACAUUUUGAGGAAGCAUAAUGUUCGCACGGGACUGAUCGGAAAGAAGCAUGUCGGUCCGGCGGAUGUUUUUAAAUUCGAUUUUGAACGUACCGAAGAGGAGUAUCCGAUCAAUCAAAUUGGACGGAACAUAACAAACAUUAAGCUGUUGGUGCGAGAAUUUCUAGCGACGCAAAAUAAUUCGCAACCUUUCUUCUUAAUGGUAUCAUUUCACGAUCCUCAUCGGUGUGGUCAUGUUACUCCACAAUAUGGUAGUUUUUGCGAACGUUGGGGAUCUGGGGAAGAGAAUAUGGGAUUAAUUGCCGAUUGGCAUCCCAUCUACUAUCAAUGGGACGAAAUUGAUCUUCCAUACUAUGUACCAGAUACGGAGCCAGCUAGACGCGACGUAGCAGCACAAUACACAACAAUUUCACGAUUGGAUCAAGGCGUUGGAUUAGUCCUCAAAGAGCUGACCGCAGCUGGUCAUCAAGAUGACACACUGGUUAUCUAUACAAGUGACAAUGGUCCACCUCUGCCAUCCGGUCGUACCAAUUUGUACGAUCCUGGUAUGAGAGAGCCCAUGUUUAUCUCGUCGCCGAUUCACAAAAAACGUCGCAAUCAAGUAACUUAUGCUAUGACCAGCCUACUGGAUAUCGUUCCGACCAUGCUGGAUUGGUAUAACGUCAGCACUAUCGCUACUAAUGACAUUGACACAAAUUCCAUUAACGCGAAAAAUCAGCCUGUAUUGACGGGAACGAGUUUGUUGCCAUUGCUUGAAACCGAACCUCCCGAAAAUCCGGAUGCAGCUGUAUAUGCCAGUCAGAGCUACCACGAAAUUACCAUGAACUAUCCGAUGAGAGCAAUCCGAACGAAACGUUACAAGCUAAUUCACAACAUAAAUUAUCGGGCACCGUUCCCCAUCGAUCAGGACUUCUAUGUUUCGCCCACUUUCCAGGAUAUACUCAAUCGCACAAUGGCCAAUCAACCGUUACCGUGGUACAAGAAUUUAAAGAAAUAUUACAAUCGAGACGAAUGGGAAUUGUACGAUCUGAAAAUGGACGUCGGUGAGUUGUCUAACUUGGCGAACAAGCAGUCCAUGAAACAGGUGCGAGAUGAUUUGGCAGAUCGACUUGAGAAGUGGCUGGUUGCCACCAACGAUCCGUUUAGAUGUGCACCACAUGGCGUUUUACAAGAUAAGGGAGAGUUUCUAGACGACCCGCAAUGUUUGCCAUUGGGAAUAUGAGUCUAUGAGUCUCUGUGUAGAAUUUAAGAAUUGAAUACAAAAUUUGGAAUUAAGAAACGAGGAAAUUUGUAGUGCACUGGCCGAAUUGA